AUGUCAGUCUCCAAAGAAAACUCCAAAGCACGCCAUAUUAAAAAUUAUCGGAAGAGGGAAAUGUUGAGAAAGAAAAUUAAACAACGAGGUAACCUACUUUUCGGUCCUAAGAAUCAACGUUCCACUGAAAUAAAAGAAGAAAAUACGGAAACAAAUCAGUUAGUGACAAAAAAACCAUCAGAUUCUGCUGAAGAAAUUGCACGUUUAUUACUGCAGACACAGAUUCAAGAAAUACUUACAGAAAACUUUAUUCUACUUGGCUCGACCGGUAUGACUGGAAAAAAUAUUCUAUCUCAACUAUCACAACCAUGGAUUUAUCUCGGCGCCAGUGGUAAUCUCCAAUCCAAGCUGAAUGAACUGGAUGCUUUCUUGGAAGAGAAAAACGACCUCCACAACUCAUCUAAGGCAGAAUUCACGGACGAAUUGCUUCAAAAUGAGGACAGAAUCAAAAUAAGGAAAAACAUAUUCUGUUUUAACCGGAAACCAAUUUCAUUUGACAGUAUGGUGAAGCUUGAGAAUUUGAAUGAUGACUGGAAACACGAGCUGAAUUUCAAUGAAAAGUGUUUCACUUGCACUAAGGCGGAUUUACAGUCUGUCAGCUCACCAGCGGCGGAAGGAGAAUUUGUAUUGCCGAAGGGCCCCGAUAGGGAACUUGAAUUCAGGAUAUACCUACAGCUCCAGGAAUUUACAUACUUGAUGGAUUAUCUCAAUGAAGACCAAAAAGUGCAGAUAGAAUUGCAAGUGGCUGUUACCAUUUUUCUAGAGAACAAUUCUGAGAAGUGGCCCAGUAUCAUGACGAGAAUUUUUAAAAAAUCACAGUCAGAUGGUCAUAUCUUUUCGAAAGAAUCAAACGCGGCCAUUUCAUGGAAUAUUCCUCCCCUGAAAAGGGUAUCGACGCUCAUUUCAGCUCUUGGAUCAACUUAUUUCCAGCAACAGAAAAGUCAUGUUCCUCGAGGCUUUGUCGAUUACGAUCUUAACAUGCAAAUGGCCAGUAAGUUCGUUAGUGACAAGGUUGAUAGCUGUUUUAAAAGGAUGGUCGUCGUAACCAGUUUCAAUAACCUCAUAUUGAGUAACGUCAACGAGUACUUCAAUACCAAACUGAGACUUGAACAUGACCUUAUCUCACAGAUUCACAGCUUGGAUCAGCUCGUAGUUCUUAGACCCGGGCCCCUCGUUGGCUCUCACACCGAUGAUUUCAUGAUUAAAAAGCCUACGAAAAGCAGCUUUUUGCUUACGAAGCCAAUAAAUAAAGCACUUUAUUACCAAAAAUACUUCCUGGAAUUCAAUUCACAUCUCAGUAAGGAAAUAGCUCAGGUAGGAUUGCGGACUAAAAUUGCAGAGAAAAUCGCAGCAUUCAUUUACCAACGCUCAUUCUCAUGUUUGUUUGGUUAUGCAGUUCCAGUAGAAAAGGUUGCAAACGUUGCUGCCGUUAGAGCAAUAUCUCCUUCAUGCACCGAACAUCCCGUCGUUAUCAUAAAAAGUGAUGAAAUUGAUAAACUAUAA